GGCUUGUUACACCGCCAGGGGAUCACCUGGGGUGCCGGAAAUUGCGUCAUACAGUUCGCGCUGUCGCUGGUAUCCAAGUGUCAAACACCCAGAAGGAAGUUUUAUCAGUUACUUAUCCUUGAGUUUCGGAUUCUUUUUAUCAAGCGUCCUGCUUCACUGUUGCACACGAAGUUUUCGUAGCUGCUUCAUCAGUCAUAGUAUUACUUCGUAGACAGACAUGGAGUUUUAACUUUUCGAUAUUCGCUUUUGAAUAUGUUAUAGGCUAACAUCUGUCUCAAUGAGGAUUUCCUGUACGGAUGACAAGUGAGCCAAUGAAAUGCAUCAGUUUUGGGCACUACUAUAUAAAGGACUUCAGCUUAGAAAGCGGCAUUACAUACUUACUAUUCUUGAGAUUGUCAUACCUACCUUAAUCAUCAUUAUUCCUGCUAUAGUGAAAUUUGCACAAAUUAGUGAACAAUGCACUCUUCCUUUUUAUGGAAAGGUUGGGAGAUCUACUUCGGGAACGUGGAAAUUUUGGCAAUGGGUCGAUAAAAGAACUUAUCCUUCAUUUAAACCUUUUGAUUAUCUCAGUGACCAUGCAGUUGGUGAUUUGCUGUUUGCAUAUACCCCACCGAACAAUGUCACCAAGAAUCUUGUAAUGGACUCAAUUGCUCUGUGGAAGAAUAAUGUAAAGGUGUCUUACAGCAACGCAACUGUAAGAAAAUUCGCUAGUGAGGAAGAAAUGGAAAAAUUCUGUCUUCGUAUGCGAAGAUCUGUUGAUUCCAAAACUGUUAUCGGGACAGUUUUCAAUAAUUUUGAUUCGAUUACAGAAUUGCCCUCAUCCUUAGAUUAUAAAAUACGCUAUGCACAUGAUGCCAUUUGGUAUAAUUACCAAGUUGAUGCUAAAUAUCGUGAUGGAAAACAUGUGGAGGAAAACGCAGAAGGAUUCUAAAAGAGAUUAGCUCUUUGAAACACUUGGCACAAAUAUCCAUGAUUGUCUGGUGCAUAUCUUUAGCUUAAAUCUUCAAACAUACGCUAAACCUUGAUUUUCAUCAUAUGAAAACAUCAUUCGGAUUCUUAAUAUGAUUCCACUAUGUAAUGCAGAGAGCCUCUAACUACUACUAUUUUCGAAUUUAUUAGAGAAUUGAAUUUCUUAACAAGGUACAGGAAAUUGAAAUAUUUUUAAUUGUACAAAAGAAUAUACACACUGUAAAGAAUUAUUUUAAAUUUGAAUUAUAAGUAGAUUUAUGAAGGAAAA